CAUCUAUGGUGCGAUAACUUGGCUCGAUUAAGGUCAGAUUAAGGCUAAUUUGUAUAGAAAUAUCUAACAUGAAAAUGGUUUACAAAACUAACGACCGCUUAAAUUAAAAAUUGUAAAGGAGAUUAACCAAAUCAAACCUAAAUUACAUUUUAAAAUCGCAGUAGCCCUAUCUUUGCAGUUCGGCUGUCAGUCUGAUUUUAUUCGAGCAUGGACGUCAUCUGAGCUCCUCUCUAUAUGUUGUUUAUUUCACCAGUCAGCUAAUACAGUUACUCAAGGCACUCGACAGCGUUCCACUCACAUCACAUCACAUCGCAACAUUUCGGGACAAUAGUAACCAAGGCUCCACUCCACUUCCCGAACCGCCGAAGAUCGCAGAUGUCGCAAAAGAUCGACGGACAGCACCAAUCAAUAUGAACCGCAACCGCAUCAACCCGAUGCGGCAAAUGGAUCGGGGCCUGCAGGAGGUCAUACAAAUGCAGGCAACCGCCGGAGGAACUCAAGGUCAUCCCCAGGCCCAAGGUGGGAACCAGGCACAACCUUCCGCAGCCCAAACAGUGCGCCGCAAGACGACUUACACACGGACGGAGAUGCUGUCACGCGGACUGCCCACCGUUCAAAAGUCCAUGCCCGUAAACCAAGUGUCACCAAAACCACGCUAUCCACAACCACCGAAGGCUGUCUUUCCAACUACUCCACUGGGUCAAAGCACUAAUGUCCCCAUUGCCAAUAGUACUCCCCGAAGGCAACGGAGUUUUCUACCCCGCGUGGCCAGAUUACCGACCAAGUCGGAUAAAUCACCGAAUAGGAUGCCGAAUCGCUUAAGUCGGGAGACUGAGGCUAAAUUGGAGCAGUCACAAAUCCCCAUGGGCCGGCACAAAAAUCCACAUUUGAUGAAUACACCACACGGCAGUGAUAGCAGUAGUCCGGCUCGAAGGACCAAUGCAGUUGUUCAAGAUGGAUUUCUCAGUGGCAGUAGUAGCUCCUCGGAACGUCGCAAGAUCAAGUUGGCCAAGGCCAUCCGCUUACCAGAUGAUCAGAACAAGAGUUUCGUCUAUUUGUGCAAGCCGGUCAAGAAGGUCAAGGAGUUGCUCACUGCCAGAAGAAUGCGCACUAGUUGUGAGCACUUGAGUCAGCCGAUAGAGGGGGACUUAUCCUUGGAGGAGGAGUCCAUCAGACUUCCAAGAACCAUGUCCGAGGAGGCUCUCCUCAGCAAAGGUGUUGGCGAAGGAUAUGGGUCCUAUACUCUCUCACCCCUCGAGGGACUAACCCAGUCAUCGAGUACCACUAGUCAGUUGGACGGUCCCACCAAUGAGGCCAUGCAACUACGUCAACAGCAAUUGGAGGCCAGAACAACUUUGAGCAGUCAGGAGCGUUUGAGAUCCCAAUUGCGGGAGGUCCGCCAAAGGCAGCGACAUUUGCGCCAACUGGAGCAGGAUCAGCGGGUGAAGGAGCAGCGCCAGUUGGAACUGGAUCAGGUUUGCCAGAAUCUGCCCACUUUGCAGCACGAGAUCCGGAUGCUUCAGCAGCUGGGUGAGAAAUUGGAGGUCACACUUCGAGUGACCAAUAUACCCAAACCCCUGACGCCCAAGCACAGAGUCGUGGAGGAUAUGAACCAACACUCCUCCACCCUUUUCUAUACCCCGCGUACGAGUCCCUAUCACCCGGAUGAAUUGCCCAUCACCAAAUUGGGUUGUCUUCGGGUUGAACGGAUUGCUGUGGUUCAGCAAAGGGCCAAGGCCACGGCUUUUAUUUUCGGUUUGGUGCGCGAGUUCCGCAUUGAGACGAAGACAUUGAACGAACUGAAGACGGCAGAUGAUUCGCAAUGUUUUUAUUUACCAGCUCCCAGGGGGGAACCACCCUUGGCCAGCCUAAUAGAAACCGAAGCCGAUCCUCUCCAGCGCACUAAUUUCCGAAAGUUAAGAGAGAACCCAAAUGUCCUGCUGCAGCAACUGAGACACCUAAACGCGGAAGCGGGAAGGCCCUUCAACCUACUGGAUCAUGACAACAUGUUCUUUAACAGUCUGGCCUUUGCGGAGUCAAAAACUUUGGGUGGUAGCGCUGCCGAGGAACUUGAAAUGGCCACGCGAGAGACGGGAGGCGGCGGUGGGGGAACCAUUGCCAAUUAUGGCGGAGCCAUCGCCUAUUCACGCCUCUCGGUGCGGGUCAAUGAACGCCAAUUUCUGGAAAGGUCAUUGGAUCAGGGGGAUAAACAGCUGCCACGACCACCUCGAAGUCGUAGUCAAGUUCACAACACCACGCAAACGGAACUUGAGUCGCCCAGACAAAAAAGGAAAAUCCCCGAACCGGAAACGGAAAUCAGUUCCCCCGACUAUACACCGAACCCCAGUCCCAGAUUGACUAGGCGAAAGAAAUUGGAAGGGUCUAAGAUCAAAGCAUCCAGACAGGCGACCAGGGAACCCGAUCCCAAGCCGAAAAGGACCAGGAUAGACAUACGUCGAGUGGCGGCCAUGUCGCCAAUUCAAAAUCGCAUUGAGCCCAAGGUGCGGAUGCAGUUGCUCAAAACCGUGCUUGUGGGGUUUGUCCAAGUUGCUGUUAUUCUAGUUCUCAUCAUGGCCUUCACCUAUCCGGAUGUGAGCUGCUCACUGCCUUAAAAAUAAACACCACUUACACAGGACACAGCAUCUCUCUGCCUAAAGAAAAAACCCUACGCCUUUCAAAAUUAUUCGACCUGUGCGAUAGUUCCACGACUACGAACAAAAUAUCAAGAACAGCUUAGCAAGUAGCAGAAAAAGCAGAAGAUGCCGAACCAAUCCACAAAACCCCCGAUAACCGAUUCGGUGUUCGAGUUCACACUUAGAUUUUCGAAUUUUUUGUUUUCUUACUGGGCCAAAGCGAUGCCAAUGUUAAUAAAAUUUCAUGUGCAAUGUGAA